AUGGGCAGCAUACGAUCUUGGUCUUUUGCGGCCGCUUCUACUACCAUACUCGUGGCUGACUCUGCAGUUGCAACGACAGAUGGGAUCUCGACUUGUGGGGAAACCUGGAUGGCUGUAAAUGAUGUGACCAUCGGGGAUGGUACUGAUCACCGGUCCGGGUUCAACUCCGCUGUUGACCGGUUCUGCUCCAGCUCCGAUGUCGACGGUGCGACUGUUAAGGAGGACGGGUAUCUGUCUAUGGCUACUGAAACUUUCCUGAGCGGAGGGAAAGAUCCAUCGACUUACGGUCUUCUUGGCUUCUUGAAAUCCACAACCAGAAGAGCUCGGAUCACAAAGUUGACUGUCGGUUCAUCCCACCUCCCGGAAAGGGCCAAGUACUCAUUGUCACCAGCAACAAAAUGCAAGAAUUAUCUGAAAACCUUGUCCUCUGAAGGCAAAUGCUACGGGGACACGAACAAAGACACCAAGGGCGGAACCUAUCAGGUUGGAGACAAUGAGGUUUCCUAUCACGCCCUCGCAAACAUAAUUCCUCCAACUCAGGACGCUCUGAACAAAGCAUUCACCGAAGGGGCCCUCUCCACACAAACAGUCAACCUCGGCGGCGGACCUGAACUCGACCCGUGGCCUUUUGAUUCUCUGGACGACGUUUUACCGGUCGCAGUUCACAGCCAUAACGACUAUACAAAUCAACAGAUCCCGGUCUUUCAGGCUCUCAGUGCGGGAUGUGUUAGUAUCGAGGCAGAUGUCUGGCUUGUCGACGGGGACGUGUCCAUCGGACAUAAAGAGCCAGCGGUAGGCCGUACCUUGGGGAAACAGUACGUCGAACCACUGAAAGCGAUCCUAGACCACAACGGCGGUUCCGUCUACAAAGCCAACACCACCCAAGGGUUCUCGCUUCUGGUGGACUUCAAGAGCAAGGACGACGAGACGCUGGACGCCGUCGUCAAAGCUCUAGACCCUCUCCGCCAGGCCGACUACCUCAGCAAAGUCGUCGACGGGAAGUUCCAGGAAAAGCAAGUCACCGUGGUGGCUAGUGGAGACGCACCCUUUGACCGAAUCAGCAAGUUCGAUGGAAUCCCAGGCAAGGACGUCUUCUACGACGCCAAGCUCACCGAUCUCGACAAGGAAGACUACAACACUCUGAAUUCAUACUGGGCAUCAGCGCAGUUCGGAAAAGCCGCCCGCGGGGAUGUUGAGAACCAGAGGCUGUCAGGAGACCAGACCGGCAAGAUAGAGGCCCAAGUUAAGGCGGCACACGACAAGGGCCUAAAGGUCCGAUAUUGGGAUCUGCCGGGUGAUUAUAUUUGGGAGCAGUUAUCUGCGCUCGGCGUCGAUAGACUGAACGCUGAUGAUAUGUCGGCUACAGCACGAUUGCCGCGGAUUUCGUAG